CAAACCAUUGACGCUGCCGUGUUCAACGACUUGCACCGGGUGAUUCGGACGUAUGGAGAUUUCCGUCCGUGGACAGUUGGAGCCAUGGACGGAGCUGCUGCUCGAGGACGUCUCGACCUUCUGCGCUGGCUGCGUGUCGAUCGAACGGAAGGCUGCUCAAUCAAGGCGUUCACUGGUGCAGCUGCUGAUGGUCACCUCGGCGUGCUUCUGUGGCUUCGUGGGGUUUAUCCGGGUUUGUUUAACCUUGCGAGGGACCUCACGACUGCUGCUGGACAUGGUCGCGCACAUGUUGCAGCCGCGCUG